GCUGCUGCGUCGGGCAGGUUUUGGACAUGAGAUAGCUCUAUAGGUUGUUUAAUUUCUGUAGUUUUUAAACCUAAAUGUAAAUCGCCAUGACAGCCAACUUCAUCCGUGUCCGGCUGCACUUUGACUACGCCCCGCCGGCCGUGGCGGGCUGCCGCAUGUGCUGGCUGCUGGUGGACCUGCGCUCCUGUCGUGUGGUGGCCGACCUGGAGGGCAUCAUCCGGGACAAGUUUGAACUGAGCCGCGGCAGCAUCCUCAGUCUGUUCAUCGAGGACUGCUAUUUGCCCCACACAGAGAGCAUCCUGGUGGUGCGGGACAACGACUGUGUGCGAGUGAAGGUGGACAGUGUCUCUACAACCAAGACGAUUCCAGAAACUACUAGUGACAACAAACGCAAGAGACACCGACCCACAGAAGAUGAGGGAUUGGUUGAAAAUUCAUCAACUUUAGAAUUUAAAAAGAAAAAGAGGAAAAAAAGUGUUUUAGAGAGCCCUGCUGUGAACUGUCUACAGACAGAGACUGAGCAGUUGCAUACAAUCUCAAACAAGGACAAGAAGAAACAAAAGGAUGAGAAACGGAAAAGUGCGUCUGCUCCAAUUCUCAAGAAGUCUGAAAAAAGUAUACCAAAAAUAGUUACUACUACUUCUAAUACUACAAAGAAGCCUCAGAGUAGCAGUUCUUCAAGUACAAGCAGCAGCGAGGACGAAGGACCAGUGACAAAGAUUCCUACCCCUAAACCAAUAUCUAAACCUGCUCUUAAAUCCAAUCUCACGUCUCCCAAAAUUAUCCAAAAUGGUCGAUCGCCUUCCAAAAAGCUUCCUCCUCCUACAUCCUCAUCAUCAGACACAGACUCAUCCUCGGAGGAAGAGGACAAAACCGCAAAAGCUAAAUCGACGAAUGAUAAAUCUAAAUCAGGGGAGGUGUCUCAGCAGUCUGCCAAUAGUGUGAUCCAAAAUGGUGGUAAUGACAGCGAUGAGGAGAUCCAGUUGGUGAUCAAGAAGCCAGUGCAGCACCCCCAUGGACGCAUCAUGGUGGGGCAUAGGUGGCAGCAGCCAGGAGGGGAGGCAGGGAGAGGAAGGGGAAGGGGAAAGCCUGAGCCUAAGGAGUUGUGGGGCAAAGGGAAAGGAAACUGUAUCCAGUACAAUUAUCAGGAAAAAGAGAGGGGCAAAAAGGAGGCGUCAUACAGCACGGACUCGCUCACCAAUGUGUCUGUGAUCCUACAGAAUGGCACAGGUCUCCCCAAACCUGACUACAGCUCCAUGCCUCUGUUGGCGGCUCCUCCACAGGUGGGACAGAAGAUCGCCUUUAAGCUGUUGGAGCUGACUGAGAACUACACACCAGAGGUAUCAGAUUAUAAAGAGGCCAAAAUUUUAAGUUUUGACCCAAACACCAAACAGAUUGAGCUGGAACUACUGACUUCUUUUCAAGCUCCGGUUGAGCCUGGGAAGUUUGACCUGGUCUAUCAGAAUCCAGAUGGAUCAGAGAGAGUGGAAUAUGCUGUGGACAGGGGCUCUUUAGUAACUGAGAGGUGGGAUUCUCUGCUUGAACCAAGACUCUUCAUUUAAAGUGAAUCUAAAAUCAGUGAAUCUUGUAUUAUCCCAACAACAGCUCAAGUGGUCACAGUUCAUUUUUAAUGCUUACUUUUUAACGAUUUUGAUUUGGUUUUAUGAAGUGUUUUUAUUUUUGUACAAAGAUGUGAAUGUAAACGUUUCCUAAUUAAACUAUAAC